UGCCAUGGCACCGUAUAGUAUCUCCGUAGAUAAAGUCUAGAAACUUCCUGUGGCAUUGCUCUUGUGUCUUUUAAAUUUGAAUUGUUGCUGUUUUCAAGAUCAGUGAUAAUGGUGAAACUUCACGUCAAGAAAGGGGAUGAGAGCCGGUUUCUUUAUGAGACCACAGUGGACAUACCAAUUGAUGAUCUCAUGAAAGAUGUAGUGGCAAUAUACAAUGGACAGCUUAAAGUGGAAAGGAUAUGUGCAGACAUGGAUUUCCUUGCCAAACAUGGCACUAUGCUGCCUCCCAAUAUGGUGGGGCUUACAGACGACCAGAUUGUGGACUUGAAGCUGAAAGAUGAGUGGGCAGACAAAUGUGUUCCCAGCGGAGGGUUUGUGGAGAACAAAGACCAGCUUGGAAGACGAAAUGGGAAUGCUCCAAACGAAAAAAUGGCUGAAGUUCUAACAAAAACUAUGCAAGAAGCUAAGGAUAUGGUAUCAAAGAAGUUGGCAAAACAAGGGGUCUGUAUGACUCAGGCUAAAGUAAAAGAAGCAAUAGACAUUUUACGUGGAGCAGUAAUGAUAGUGUAUCCAAUGAACUUGCCUCCACACGAUCCAAUCAGAAUGGAGUUUGAGAAUACUGAAGAUUUGGAGGGAACACAGAGAGGACUUGGUGCCCCUGCCAGAGAACCAGUAGUGAGUGAGGAGGAACAGAAAGCCAUGAUGGCCCAUUAUUAUAGGAAACAAGAGGAGGCAAAGAGAGGACUUGGUGCCCCUGCCAGAGAACCAGUAGUGAGUGAGGAGGAACAGAAAGCCAUGAUGGCCCAUUAUUAUAGGAAACAAGAGGAGGCAAAGAAAUUGGAGGCAGCUGAUGAGGAUUCUUACUUAGAUGCUAAGUGGGCAGAUAAUAAUGAGCUCAAAAGACAAUUCCAAGGAUUGAAAGACAUCAAAUGGGGUGGCCCUCGGUGACAAAACUGCAGUUCUUACAGCUCAUAAAUUGUUGCUGCUCAGUAUCUUCAGUGUUAUACAUAAGUUAUGAAAAUAUCUGGGGAAAUUACACUAAUGCUUACUUUCACCAGUGUAAAAAAAAAUAUGAAAACUGUCAUUAUAAACAACAGGAUAUUGCUUGAGGAGGCAACAUGUUUCAAUAAACCAGUGUUUGACUGUGUAAACAAAGAAAAUACUCACCUGUAUGAUUGUCACCUCUAUCACUUUUAUAAUGUUUGCAUACUUUAAAUGGGCUUGCAACAUUUUUUCCCUUGUUUGAUUGCCUGCAAGACCUUAAUGUGAAGAAAGCUCUAUUUUGUAUUUAAAUGAACAAGGAAGGAAAAACAUCCUUAAUGCAGGAAUAGUGAAGGUUCCCUUCAUACAGUUGUUGUUGCCCAUUCAUUUAUUAUGAUGUCCACAACAGUUACGACAAUCUUGUCACAGUCUCCACAUGUAUAAUGACCAAUCCAGUUGUUCUGUUUCAUGUUUGUAUGUUAGAUGUAGUUGUGUGAAAAUGUUAGAUGAUGUAAAUGUUCAUUUUCCAAGAGAUUUUCAUACCUGUUCCUUUUUUCUGUUACAAAAACAUUGCUAAUGUUAUCUAAAGUAAUUUCAAAAGAGACCAGAAGUUGACUGCUUACAAGCUAUUGUAAAUGGGUAAUAGUCAGUGUCAUAGGGGCUUAGCAAAGUAAUGAGUGGAAUAAUGUUGACUUAAAGUUCUUUCAUUUUGAAAGUCAUAUAGUUUUGUUUUAAGUUAAUAUAUGGGGUAAUAAUAGC